GUGAAGACCUGGACCUUGCGCCAUGGGCAGUCCUGGAACUCGCAGGCGACGCCCGUCGUGUCCUCCAAGCGGGAGACGGAGGACUUUACCCUGCGAAUCAAGCCAGGCCACUGGUUGUGUGAGCCCUGCCUCUGGACGGACUGGCGUUACCUUGGCCAGGCCGUCGCCGGGUCCUCCGCGAGCCUCCUCUGUUUGAACCAAUCGCAGCUUCUGCACAUCACCGCCGGGCACGCCGAUAUCUCUGCAGAGCUGGUGAUCCACGCCCGACUCUUCCUGAAUGCGCUGAACGACAUCCCAGUGGAGGAGCUGAGUGACGUGCAACGUGUCUUGUGA